UCAUACUACACGCCUUAUCGCACCAUCUGAAGCAUUUAUUCUACUUCCAGAGAGGCUCUGUGACGUUCAAGUUCGUGGUGAUGCCAGUGGAAUUAGAGCAGAAGACUGCCUUUCUCAGCUAAUUCUAAACCAGCUGAAUAAGUUCAAGUACAAUCUUGGCACAAGGCUUAUUCCACUUAAUUGGUUCAACCUACUUCUAGAACCACAAAAGAUGGCAUCGGUUGUUGCAGCUAUUUUACCUAUUGUUAGUGAAUCGAAUUUUAACGAAGAAAAGCUGAUGAAAAGAUGCAUAUAUUUUGUACCUGAUAUUUUUCAUCAAUCAACAGCAGAAUUAGCAAUAUCAUUAAUAACAACAUUAAGUCGAGGUAUAUUUAAAGACACAAAUGAACUAUUUCAAAAAUGGUUGCUAACACAACAAACGAAUUCAAUGUCCAAUAUUAACAAUUAUCCAAUGAUAUCAUACAUGUUAUUACAUAAAAAUGAUAAUUCACUAAUACGACGAUUAUCAUUGAAAUUGAAAAAGUUUACUAAUUUAAAUGAUUAUAAACAGUUUACUACAAGAAGAAGAAGAAAAUGGAUUUAUAUGAGACAGAAGAAAACGACUUCUCCUUCAGCUGAUCUUCUUCCUCGUCGUCGACCUACGACUACUACUGCUGAUCAUUCUAAAGAUUAUGAAACGAUGGUAACGAGAAGAAAUACUCUGCCGGAAAUAACAUCACCACUGGUCAAUAUUCAAAAUUCUCCAUUUCAGCUAUGUAAACAAAUUAAAGGAUCAAGAAUUGGUUUGAUUGGUUUAAUGAAUGAAACAUCGAAACAGAUAGCAUUGAUUGCCCAAUCAGGUUUAGGCAUGGAAGUGAGUUAUUAUCAAAAGCAUCCAUUACCAUAUACUACUUACAAAUAUUAUAAGUAUCUUGAAGAUUUACUCGGAAUGAAUGAUUAUAUUAUAUUAGCUGAUGAUACAGUUAAUCAAUCAAUUCCAUGGUGUUUAAAUACCCCUGUGGUGGAUAAAAAUACAACCAAUAAAGCUGUUGAAUAUAAAAUAAAACCAAAAUUAUGGUUAAGUACAGAACAGUUGAAAUAUUGUAAUAAAGAGGCACUUUUAAUUUCAGUGACAUCUAGUCAAUGUAUCGAUUUUACAGCGCUUUCCUUAGCUCUACGAUAUCGUCAGUUAGGUGGUGCAGGAAUCACCAUCCCAACAAAAUGGUUUACACAUAUGAAUGAAAUAAAUGUAUUAAAAAAUUUACCGAAUACAUUUAUCCUACCACCAGCAACAAGUUCUGCUUGCUCAAAUCCAACCCUCCGUAUUGCUUUAGUCCAUGAAAUUAUUAACUUGAUUGUUAUGAAUUUACAUAAAGAUGCAGCAAUGAAAGGCGAAAAGAUGACACCGUUAGAUCAAACACUAUUCAAAGUUAAAGAAGAAUAUGUUGGAAGAAAAAGAUUCAGCAGAAUGAAGAUGAAGAAGCCAUUAGUUCUUAAUAGUUUAAAACGGAGAUUUAGUCAACGAUAUAGAGAAUAA